UUUGUUGUAAGGAAGCCAUUUACUGCGAACUGUUGAAACUAAACAACAAAACACGUUUUAUCUUCUUUUCUUAGGUGACCAAAUGAAAGUGAUUUGAACAGGAACAGGAAGUGACUGCUAUACUGUCCUGCAGUUUUGAUGAAAUUUCAAAGCCACCAGGAUGGCCAGUGAUCCAAAGCAUGAAAAGAUGAACAACCUAUGCACACAGCUAGCAGUUGCAGUGAGAAGCAUUCAAUGGAGCUAUGGGAUUUUCUGGGCACCUUCAACCACUCAAGAAAGGGUGCUGGAGUGGAGGGAUGGCUACUAUAAUGGGGACAUUAAGACAAGAAAAACAGUCCAAAGCAUGGAAUUGGAAAUGAAGGCAGAUAAAAUAGGGGUUCAGAGGAGUGAGCAACUGAAGGAACUGUACAAGUUUCUUCUUGCAGGUGAAUCUGACCCUCAAGCCAAAAGGCCUUCUGCUGCAUUAGCUCCAGAGGACCUCUCAGAUUUGGAGUGGUAUUACUUGGUUUGCAUGUCCUUUCUUUUCACUCACAACCAAAGUUUGCCUGGAAGAGCAGUGGAAAUUGGUGAGACAGUGUGGCUGUGCAAUGCUCAACAUGCGGAAAGCAAAGUCUUCUCUCGUUCUUUGCUAGCAAAGAGUGCGUCUAUUCAGACCGUGGUGUGUUUUCCCUAUCGAGGAGGCGUUAUUGAGCUAGGCACAACUGAAUUGGUUACUGAGGAUCCUAAUCUCAUUCAACAUGUCAAGGCAUGCUUCCUAGAAAUCUCAAAGCCAACAUGCUCUGACAAAUCUUCCUCUGUCCUUGAUAAACCAAAUGAUGACAAAUAUCCAAUAUGCACCAAGGGUGAUCACAGGAUGUUAGACACAAUGCCCUUGGAGAACCCAUGUUCCCUUGAAGAAAAAAUCAAAUUUGAUCAUGACCCCAUCAAUGAAUUACAAGAUGAACACAAUGAAGAUUCCAACAUGGAUUCUCCCGAUGGUUGUGAGCAUCCUUACCCUAUGGAUGAAUCCUUGGUUGAGGGCAUCAAUGGUGUGCCAUCUCAAGUUCAUUUUGUGAAUGAUGCCUUAGUCAUUGGUGCUCCAGAUUCCCUGAGUUCUUGUGAUUGCAUGUCUGAAGCUUCUGAGAACCAAGGCAAGGCUUCCAAGAGUGUAGGCCAAACUCAAGUGGUGCAACUUCAAGAAGAUUGUUAUCAUCCCAAAAGAAGAUCCUUGGAUGCUGGAGUUGGUGAAGACUUGUGCUACAUAAAAACACUUUGUGCUAUUUUGGGGAAUUCAGCAACAUUUAAACCAAAUUCAUAUGCUGGAAACUCAAAUUACAAGUCUAGUUUUGCCAAAUGGAAGAAGGGUAGAGUCACUGAAAGGAAGAGGCCAAAGUUGCACCAAAGCAUGUUAAAGAAGACUUUGUUUAAGGUCCCUUUUAUGCACAGAAGUUGUUCAUCUCUCAAGUCACAAAAAGAGAAGGACAGAUUGGAAUGGACUAGUAAAUUGGAAAAUGGUGAUGGUUUCUUGGGGAAUGUUGUCACCGAUAAGAAAAGAGAAAAUAAAAACUUUCUGGAUGUCAAAUCUUUGGCUCCAUCGUCUAUAAGUGAGAUGGAGAAGAUUUCAAUUCUUGGGGACACAAUUAAGUACUUGAAAAAGCUUGAAACAAGAGUGGAAGAGCUAGAAUCUUACAUGGAAGUUGCAGAUCCUGAAGCAAGGACCAAAAGAAAAUGCCCUGAUGUUCUAGAGCAGAUGUCAGAUAACUAUGGUGCCAGAAAGAUUUGCAUGGGAAUGAAACCUUGGAUAAACAAGAGGAAGGGUUGUGGUAUUGAUGAGAUAGACACAGAGUUAGAGAGAAUUGUUUCUGAAGAUGCAAAGGCAUUGGAUGUGAAAGUCAAUGUGAAGGAGCAGGAGGUUCUGAUUGAGAUGAAAUGUCCCUACAGGGAAUACAUACUGUAUGAUAUCAUGGAUACCAUCAACAACCUACAUUUAGAUGCUCACACAGUUGAAUCAUCAACAAGUGAUGGUGUUCUCUCAUUGACACUUAAAUCUAAGUUUCGAGGAGCAGCAACAGCACCAAUGAGGAUGAUCAAAGAAGCACUCUGCAAAGUAUCUGGAAAUAUGUGACAUGCCUAUUUGAAUUUCACAUGGUAAUAGUAGUAAUAGUAAAUAAUUUUGAUUAAACAACUUUGUAACUGUAGAACAUUAAUUUGCUUCCUAACAAGUAUGUUUGUCUUGUUGUGUGAACCUCGAUUUUGGCUAUUGUACGGAUAAGCUGACUUGUUAGAGAUACUAGAACGCCAUUCUGUACUUUAAUUUCCUGUAAUUUUUAAAUCAUUUCAGCCAAUCUGUUAGUAUGCAUCUGCAUCAUUUUGUUUGCUGUUA